ACGCCAGAAUCUCACUACACUUUCACCUCUGUUUGAAAACAGUGUUAGCAGAUAUGAGAUUGUAAUAUAAUGGCAAUUUGUGUGUAGUGUCUUAAUACAGGACCUACAUUUCUAAAAACCCGCUACAUUAAAUUGUGGCUUUAAGACAAGACCAACUCCGGUUAGAUCACAUGGCUGCCUCUAUGCCCACGAAGGGCCCUACUCUGGCCAAUAUGCCCUCCCAGCAGCAACAACAACAACAACCUCACAUGCAUCCGGCUUCAGGUACUGGUCAACAGCCCCCUAUGCCGCCUCAAGGUGCUUUGCGAGAAAUAUCUCCUGUGUAUUUGUGUAGAAUUGGCCAAGAAACCGUUCAGGACAUUGUUAGUCGCACCAUGGAGGUCUUCCAGCUGGCAAGGGCCACUCAACUGCCGAACGGAGUCACUCAAAGUCAAGCCGCCUAUCAAGACCGUUUUGGCAAACUGCAGGAACACCUGCGACAGCUUACCCUGCUGUUCCGCAAGCUGCGACUGCUGUAUGAGCGCUGCGUGGAGAUGACUACGGACUUGCAGGAAGCACCUGGAGAGUUGGUGCCAUAUGUUGGUGAAGAGAUAGCUUCUGUGGCCGUGGAGCCUUGUAGUCCAGCAGUGAGCCAGGAGAAACGGGAGAUGCUGGAGAAGGUGAAGCAGAAGAACCAGGAGAUGAAGGUUCUGAUGGACCAGCUGAGGAAUCUCUUGUGGGACGUCAACGCCAUGCUAACGCUCCGUUGAUCCGGUCCACCCUAUCCAGCUCCAAUGAUCCGUCCACCUUUCAUGCUAUUCAAACACGCCAGCUGACCUAAUGGCAGUCCAUCUCUGUUGGUCUGUGGCCCAGAACUCUACGGUUCAAAAGCCUGGCUCCUACUGCAGCUUGCAGGACACUACAAUUUGUAAUCUAGUGCACUCCAGGUGGUUUUCUCCUUUACUUAAGUUUCUGUAUUCAUAUGUGCGAUGCGUAAUCUGUGUUUUGUUUUUAUCUUUUUUGUUUGUCAUACUCUUGGGCUGCACAGGUUCACCUUCUAGUCAUAUUGAAGCUCUGAAUGUGUAGAAUAAUUCAGUUUAUCAAGUUAUCACAUAACCAGAAUGUGUUCCAAAGAAGUGAAGGCCUUAAAUGACCCAGAGAAGAUGUUGGAUCCAAAUGAUGUUUGUGGCAAUGCGUGAAUCGUCUUCCUGCAUGCUCAACAUGGCAGCUAUUUUCUCAGGUGCCUGUAAAAUAUUAAAAAAGAUUUCUGUUUGUGUGUGUGUGUGGGAGUGAGCGUGAAUGUGUGUGAUAAGACUACAUUACUAGCAUAAGGUGCUACAGACAUGUGACACUUUCUUUUCCCAGAUGAUUUUGUUUACUUUGAGUAUCAAAUCCUGUAUGAGUAGUCAGUCAGAACAAAACAUUUUGUAUGAUAAGCACUGACAAUGACAUUUUCUUUUUUACUUUUUUACUAAAUAAACUGCAAAUGGUUAUCUCCUCA